UCGGAAAUGCAUCUUCUUCAUGCGUAGUGAAGUUAGAGAAACACUUAGCACGCUUUUUCAGGUUCAAAACAAGGGAACCAUGUUUUUGUGUGUUACGUCACCGCCAGGAACCAAAACAUUGUUGGACAACGUCACGGCGUGUUAGUAGUUCACAGCUUUACAGGCAGCUGGGGUGACAAACAAAUAAGAAACACUAUGUAUCACAUCAGAUACAUCACUGGUUGUUUCUGGCUUAAAUCAAAUAUAUAUUUUAACCACUACUAUUGGACAGUUUAAUCUUCUACCAGCUUUAAAUAGAUAACGUAUCUAGUUUAUAAUCGAAAAAGCAUCUAUUAUUCUAUUUUCAGUCAUUCUGUAAUAAUUCAUAUGCAUGGUGUGUGUCACGUGGGCUGCAGAAGGAGUUAUUUUAAAUUGACAAAAACAUAAUAUCUGACAAUAACUACACAUUGAACGUGGUAAUUAUUCGAGAAUUAACUAAGGGCUGAUUUUUGAUAGCUUAGCAGAGGGAAUGCAACCGGAAGUUCGCCUCAAACGCGCAGCCUUCUGGGUAAUGUAAGGUGCAGGCGGGCGGCACAGCACGCUGAGCACGGAGGGAGGACUGCUGGUGAAAAAAUAUCUUCCGCAGUUCCGUCAGCUGGCGAGGUUGAAGGUUUAGUAAGUGUACGCUGUUGGCAUGUUGAACGCUUGUUUUUGUCGUAACAAGGUUAGGUAACGAGCGAGGUAACUACGCCAGUGCUGCAGCUCUUCCUUUGCUUACAAGAGGAGCGACAUGAGUCUGGACGAGCAUUCACUGCUUGCGCUGUCCUGGAGGAAGCUGUACCUCAGCCGAGCCAAGCUGAAGGCUUCCAGCCGGACAUCAGCUCUGCUUUCUGGAUUUGCUAUGGUGGCCAUGGUAGAAGUGCAGCUGGACAACAGCUACCCUUACCCCCCUGCUCUCCUCAUUGCCUUCAGUGCCUGCACCACUGUGCUUGUAGCUGUUCACCUGUUCGCUCUGAUGGUCAGCACCUGCAUUCUGCCCAAUAUAGAGGCUGUCAGCAAUGUCCACAACCUCAACUCUGUGCACGAGUCGCCACACGUGCGAAUGCACCGACACAUUGAACUGGCGUGGGCUUUCUCUACAGUAAUAGGUACAUUACUCUUCCUAGCCGAGGUGGUUUUACUUUGCUGGGUCAAAUUUUUGCCUGUUAAGCCCAACAAGUCCAGCAAUAGUACAGUUUCAGCUGGUGUAGCUGCUGCUAUUACCUCCACAUCUAUCAUGGUCCCCUUUGGUUUAAUCUUCAUAGUCUUUGCGGUGCAUUUCUACCGCUCCUUGGUAAGCCAUAAGACGGACAGGCAGUUUCAGGAGCUGGAGGAGCUUUCUAAUCUCACCAGGCUACAAAACGAGCUGGACAACAGAGGGGAGCGUUCCAUCCUGCAGUCCCCAAGCUCACAUUUCCCAUAGUGAAGUAUGGUGGAUAUGUGUCCAUGGAACUCUAGUCUGCAUGGGAUAUCACUAAGACAGAAGCCACAUUGCUGACUUCUUUUUUUCUUUCGGGAAUAAAGAUAUCUUACCUCUUUAUUGUAAAUUAACUUACUUAAAAAUACUUUUAGGAAACACGUUGGAUCAACUGUGAACUCACAAAUCUGCUGUGACGCACGGGAAGUUAUUUCAAUUGUUUUACGUUAUUCUGUUGAUUGUUUGGACCAUGUGAUACAAGACACAUUUUCGUUUGAACAGACAAUCAACAUUUAUUUUCAAUCCUAUAUUAAAAAAAGCUGUUUCCUGUUCUCUUUCUAUUCCUCUCACUUGUAAAGACAUAUUGUAUUGUGAACAUUGAAAGUCUUGAUUGGAGACUUAACACUGGAGGCAUUUCAACCAUAACUUGAAAUCCUGUCUGCUGCCUGCUGAAUUUAUUAACCUGUUCAUAUUUGUUAAUACACUUUGGUUGUGUUUUUUUAAACUACAAGGUAACUCUUUACUCUUUAUUAACUGUGUACAUUUAUUGUAAUGUUCAUCAACUUUUUUUGUAAUGCUUGCUGUUAGUGUUGACUGACUCAACAGCUCCUAAAACUACAGUAUUAUUAGUAUAAUAUAUUUGCUGACGUGACGUCAAAACACUAUUUUGACAAGUGGCAAUCAGAAUUUCUAAAAUAAAUUGAAUGUACUAUUUGAAAA